UCUUAGCUAUCUUACACAUGGGCUAGCUAGCCAUGGGAAUGGAAGUUGAGAGACGCAUUUAUGGAAGCAUGACAUCUCAGCUAAUUAUUUACAUUACAGUUCCCCAGCUAGCUUACUUCUACUCACAUCAUGCAUGCUAAGUCUGAAUUAAAUACUACAAGCUUGUCACAAUGUCAUCACCACCUAGCUCCUCUCCUUGUUUAAUUAAUAUAAACAAGCAUCAACUUGGCUUUGAAUGCCACGUGAAGGGAGCCCGGAAGUGGAGGAGUGUAAAUUAUGUGGCUCUCUCUUGCACUGGAACAUGGAGGGUUUAAUUCCACUUCUACUUAAUCACCUUAAUUAGCUGACUACAGAAAGGGGAUUAAUCAUGGAAGUAUCCCUAGCUAGCAGCAUGCUGCAUGCCAUCCAUUGUUGUCUCCCUCCUAGACUUCACCCUAUAUUCCACUGACAGCUCAAAACCUCGCUAAAAUAUUGCACAUCUUGCUGGCAAACUAAGCUCUGCAUACCAGCACCCACUUAGAAAAUCCUUCUCUAUAUAAGUGGCUGCAUGCUUGCACGUCUCAAGCAUUGACAGAGACAGAAACCCUAGCUAACUGUGUAGUAGUUUCUCUGAACACCAUCACCAGUAGCUCUCACCUAGGUAGGAGACAGUGACAUAGUGUUAUAGCUGCCUAGCUCAUGGCAAGCAGGCACGCCACUACACGGGAGCCACACCUCCGGACCAUGUACGACGACGAGCCAUCCAUGUCCCUCGAGCUCUUCGGCUACCAUGGCGUCGUCGUCGACGGUGACGACGAUGGCGACACCGCCACCGACCUUCCCCAGCUCACCUUUGUUGACAACUUCAAAGGCGGGUGUGGGUCGGCCGACUACUACGGCUGGGCGUACAGCGCCUCCGGUGGUGCGUCAGGCGCCUGCUCCAGCUCCAGCUCGUCGGUGCUCAGCUUUGAGCAGGCGGGUGGUGCCGGUCAUCAGCUGGCUUAUAACGCCGGCACAGGUGACGAUGACUGCGCGCUCUGGAUGGACGGCAUGGCUGACCAGCAUGACACAGCCAAGUUUGGGUUCAUGGACCCAGGCAUGUCUGAUGUCAGCCUAGAAAUCCAGGAGAGCAGCAUGAAACCGCCGGCCAAGAUGGCACAGAAGCGUGCUUGCCAGGGUGGUGAGACGCAAGCAGCGGCGAAGAAGCAGUGUGGAGGAAGCAAGAAGAGCAAGGCAAAAGCUGCCCCUGCCAAGGAUCCUCAAAGCGCCGUUGCAAAGGUCCGAAGAGAGCGCAUCAGCGAGAGGCUCAAAGUUCUGCAGGAUCUCGUGCCCAAUGGCACAAAGGUUGACAUGGUCACCAUGCUCGAAAAGGCAAUCACCUAUGUCAAGUUCCUGCAGCUGCAAGUCAAGGUAUUGGCGACUGAUGACUUCUGGCCGGUGCAAGGAGGGAAAGCUCCGGAGCUCUCCCAAGUGAAGGACGCUCUGGACGCGAUCCUGUCUUCCCAGAAUCAAUCCUAGGCCAUGCAUGAUGCAUUCGUGUUCAAUGUUUAUCAAGUUUUAGAUGAUCUUAGCGCAUGCAUGUAAGAAAAAGAGAGCACAAGCUCUGCAAACAUAUAUGGCAGCUGUAUUUGGAGUUCAGAGUUGGAGAUCAGACAUGGCAGACCAUGUUUUUGUUUCACAGUUUUUUUCAUAGAUGAAUUCUUCUUGUUCUUUUGUGUAUUGUAGUUCGGAGUUCUGGUCACUGCAGUUAACUAGUCCAAUAAAACAUAAAUGUAGUUUUUACUUUGACAAUAAUAAUGUAAACGAAGAUGGUGCUUGUAAGGUUA